AUGGAUAGAUGGAUAUUUUUAAAAACAUAUGAUGAUGAUGAUGAUGAUGAUGAUGAUGAUGAUGAUGAUGAUGAUGAUGAUGAUGAUGAUGAUGAUGAUGAUGAUGAUGAUGAUGAUGAUGAUGAUGAUGAUGAUGAUGAUGAUGAUGAUGAUGAUGAUGAUGAUGAUGAUGAUGAUGAUGAUGAUGAUGAUGAUGAUGAUGAUGAUGAUGAUGAUGAUGAUGAUGAUGAUGAUGAUGAUGAUGAUGAUGAUGAUGAUGAUGAUGAUGAUGAUGAUGAUGAUGAUGAUGAUGAUGAUGAUGAUGAUGAUGAUGAUGAUGAUGAUGAUGAUGAUGAUGAUGAUGAUGAUGAUGAUGAUGAUGAUGAUGAUGAUGAUGAUGAUGAUGAUGAUGAUGUUGAUGUUGAUGAUGUUGAUGUUGAUGAAGAUGAUGAUGAUGAUGAUGAUGUUGAAGAUGAUGAUGAUAAUGAUGUUGAUGAUGAUGGUGAUGUUGGUUUUUAA